AUGCUCAAGGUAGCAGCCUUCGUUUGCGUUUGUGCAGCAGCCUGGUGCAACCCGGCGCUGGCGGCGGCCGGGGGCAGACCGGACAGCGGCAAUUUUCUGGACGAUAAACAAUGGCUCACGACCAUCUCCCAGUACGACAAGGAGGUCGGACAGUGGAACAAAUUUCGAGACGAAGUAGAGGAUGAUUAUUUUCGUACAUGGAGUCCGGGUAAACCAUUUGAUCAAGCUUUAGAUCCGGCUAAAGAUCCAUGUUUAAAGAUGAAAUGUAGUCGCCAUAAGGUCUGUGUUGCACAGGAUCAACAAACUGCUGUUUGCAUUAGUCACCGAAGGCUUACACACAGUAUGAAAGAGGCUGGUUUAGGCCAUAAACAGUGGAGGGGUGGUCCCGUUUCAUCAAACUGCAAGCAGUGUCCAGUAGUUUAUACCAAUCCUGUUUGUGGAUCAGAUGGUCACACAUACUCUUCUCAGUGCAAAUUAGACUAUCACGCCUGUGUCUCAGGAAAACAAAUCUUGGUGAAAUGUGAAGGACGUUGCCCUUGCCCUUUUGACAAAUCCACAAAUGUAGGCAGAAAUGAUAGGAGAGUGUGCAGUGACCUGGAAUUCAGGGAGGUUGCAAACAGAUUGAGAGACUGGUUUAAGGCACUUCAUGAAAGUGGAAUUCAGAACAAGAAGACUAGGAUUGUUCAAAGACCUGAAAGAACCAGAUUUGAUACCAGCAUUUUGCCAAUUUGUAAAGACUCCCUUGGCUGGAUGUUUAAUAGGCUUGAUACAAACUAUGACCUGCUGUUGGACCAGUCAGAGCUUGGAAGCAUUUACCUUGACAAGAAUGAGCCAUGCACUAGGGCAUUCUUCAAUUCUUGUGACACAUACAAGGACAGUUUGAUAUCUAACAAUGAGUGGUGCUACUGCUUCCAAAGACAGCAAGACCCACCUUGCCAAACAGAACUCAGCAACAUUCAGAAGCAGCGAGGAAAGAAGCUUCUAGGCCAAUACGUCCCGUUGUGUGAUGAAGAUGGGUAUUACAAACCAAGUCAGUGCCACGGAAGCAUAGGGCAGUGCUGGUGUGUUGACAGAUACGGUAAUGAGGUGACAGGGUCCAGAACAAACGGUGCAGCAGAAUGCGCUAUUGAGUUAGAGACUUCAGGUGAUUUUGCCUCUGGUGAUUUCCAUGCAUGGGCAGAUGAGGAAGGUGAUGAAGAUGAAAUAACGAAAGAUGAAGAUGAAGUUGAAGAUGACGAUGAAGAUGAAGGAGAUGAUGACAUUGAUGAUGAUGAUGAUGAUGGAUAUAUUUGA